AUGGAUCAGUGUGAGGACAGAGAGGAGGGAGUCCCUCCCUCUAAAACCACUCUGUGUGGGGAAGAUGAGAGCCAGAGCAAAGGUCAGAGGAUCCAUCAGAGACUCAAACCAGAACCAGAACCAGAACCCAGCUGUGUGUCCUUUAAGAGUGACAGGUCAAAGGAUAAAUUCUUUAACUUUAAAUCUCCUGGAUCUCCACCAUCAGAGAGGAUCCAUCAGAGAUUCAAACCAGAACCAGAACUAGAACCCAGCUCUGUCUCCUUUAAGAGCGACGGGUCAAUGGAUCAUCCCAAUCAAUUUAAAUCUCCUGGACCUCCAUCAUCAGAGAGAGUGGACCAGCAGAGUUCAGAGGUUCCCAGUGGUCCAUCUGCCCAGCAGCAUCAAACACAGCUGGACUCCAUUUUUUUGCUGUUGGAGGACAACAUUAUCACUUUUGUGAAAAACGAGCUGAAGAAAAUCCAGAAAUAUCUGAAUCCUGAUGACCCAGAAUGCUCAGAGAGUCAGAGAGAUGAUGAGGUGUUGGAAGGUGAGGAUGAAGAGCAGAGGAGGAGCAGCAGAGAGGCAGUGAUGAAGAUCAUACUGAACUUCCUGAGGAGGAUGAAGCAGGAAAAGCUGGCUGACCAUUUGCAGAGAAAACAUCUUGCUACAGUAAGUUGUUUUGAACAACAACUUAAAUCUGGUCUGAAGAAGAAGUUCCAGUCUGUGUUUGAGGGGAUUGCUAAAGCAGGAAGUCCAACCCUUCUGAACCAGAUCUACACAGAGCUCUACAUCACAGAGGGAGGGACUGGAGAGGUCAAUGAUGAACAUGAGGUCAGACAGAUUGAAACAGCAUCCAGGAAACCACACAGACCAGAAACAACAAUCAGACAAGAAGACAUCUUUAAAGUCCCACCUGGAAGAGAUCAACCAAUCAGAACAGUGAUGACAAGGGGAGUGGCUGGCAUUGGGAAAACAGUCCUAACACAGAAGUUCAUUCUGGACUGGGCUGAAGACAAAGCCCACCAGAACAUCCAGUUCAUAUUUCCAUUUACGUUCAGAGAGCUGAAUGUGCUGAAAGAGAAAUGGUUCAGCUUGGUGGAACUUGUUCAUCACUUCUUUACUGAAACCAAAGAAAUCUGCAGCUUUGAACACUUCCAGGUUCUGUUCAUCUUUGAUGGUCUGGAUGAGAGUCGACUUCCUCUGGACUUCCACAACAAAGAGAUCCUGACUGAUGCUACAGAGUCCACCUCAGUGGAUGUUCUUCUGACAAACCUCAUCAGGGGGAAACUGCUUCCCUCUGCUCUCCUCUGGAUAACCACACGACCUGCAGCAGCCAAUCAGAUCCCUUCUCAGUGUGUUGGCAUGGUGACAGAAGUCAGAGGGUUCAAUGACCCACAGAAGGAGGAGUACUUCAGGAAGAGAUUCAGAGAUGAGGAGCAGGCCAGCAGGAUCAUCUCCCACAUGAAGACAUCACGAAGCCUCCACAUCAUGUGCCACAUCCCAGUCUUCUGCUGGAUCACUGCUACAGUUCUGGAGGAUGUGUUGGAGACCAGAGAGGGAGGAGAGCUGCCCAGCACCCUGACGGAGAUGUACAUCCACUUCCUGGUGGUUCAGACCAAAGUGAAGAAGGUCAAGUUUGAUGGAGGAGCUGAAACAGAUCCACACUGGAGUCCAGAGAGCAGGAAGAUGAUUGAGUCUCUGGGAAAACUGGCUUUUGAUCAGCUGCAGAAAGGAAACCUGAUCUUCUAUGAAUCAGACCUGACAGAGUGUGGCAUCAAUAUCAGAGCAGCCUCAGUGUACUCAGGAGUGUUCACACAGAUCUUUAAAGAGGAGAGAGGUCUGUACCAGGACAAGGUGUUCUGCUUCAUCCAUCUGAGUGUUCAGGAGUUUCUGGCUGCUCUUCAUGCUCAUCGGACCUUCAUCAACUCUGGUGUCAACCUGAUGGAAGAAAGAUCUCAGAAGUCUUCAUUACUUAAUAAAUCUGACCUAAAUAAUCUCCAUCAGAGAGCUGUUGACCAGGCCUUACAGAGUCCAAAUGGACACCUGGACUUGUUCCUUCGCUUCCUCCUAGGACUUUCACUGCAGACCAAUCAGAGACUCCUACAAGGUCUGCUGACAGAGACAGGAAGUAGCUCACAGACCAAUCAGAAAACAGUUCAGUACAUCAAGGAGAAGAUCAGUAAAAAUGUGUCUGCAGAGAAAAGCAUCAAUCUGUUCCACUGUCUGAAUGAACUGAAUGAUCGUUCUCUAGUGGAGGAGAUCCAACAGUCUCUGAGUUCAGGAAGUCUCUCCACAGAUAAACUGUCUCCUGCUCAGUGGUCAGCUCUGGGUUUCAUCUUAGUGUCAUCAGGAAAAGAUCUGGAUGUGUUUGACCUGAAGAAAUACUCUGCUUCAGAGGAGGUUCUUCUGAGGCUGCUGCCAGUGGUUAAAGCCUCCAACAAAGCUCUACUGAGUGACUGUAACCUCUCAGAGAGAAGCUGUAAAGCUCUGUCCUCAGUUCUCAGCUCCCAGUCCUCCAGUCUCAGAGAACUGGACCUGAGUAACCACAACCUGCAGGAUUCAGGAGUGAAGCUUCUCUCUGCUGGACUGAAGAGUCCAAACUGCAACCUGGAAACUCUCAGACUGAGUGGCUGUAACCUCUCAGAGAGAAGCUGUGAAGCUCUGUCCUCAGUUCUCAGCUCCCAGUCCUCCAGUCUCAGAGAACUGGACCUGAGUAACAACAACCUGCAGGAUUCAGGAGUAAAGCUUCUCUCUGCUGGACUGAAGAGUCCAAACUGCAACCUGGAAACUCUCAGACUGAGUGGCUGUAACCUCUCAGAGAGAAGCUGUGAAGCUCUGUCCUCAGUUCUCAGCUCCCAGUCCUCCAGUCUCAGAGAACUGGACCUGAGUAACAACAACCUGCAGGAUUCAGGAGUGAAGCUUCUCUCUGCUGGACUGAAGAGUCCAAACUGCAACCUGGAAACUCUCAGCUUAUCAGGCUGUUUGGUCUCAGAGGAAGGCUGUGCUUCUCUGGCCUCAGCUCUGACCUCCAACCCCUCCCAUCUGAAAGAGUUGGACCUGAGCUACAAUCAUCCAGGAGACUCAGGAGUGAAGCUGCUGUCGGCUGGACUGAAGGAUCCACACUGGAGACUGGAAGCUCUCAGGGUGGAGCCUGCUGGAGUCCCAUUCUUGACACCAGGUCUAUGGAGACUGAGGAAGUAUUCCUGUCAACUCACCAUCGACACAAAUACAGUGAGCAGAAAACUCAAACUGUCUGAAGACAACAGGAAGGUGACACGUGUGGAGGAGCUUCAGUCAUAUCCUGAUCAUCCAGACAGAUUUGAUUUACCUCAGCUGCUGUGUAGAACUGGUCUGACUGGUCGCUGUUACUGGGAGGUUGAGUGGAGAGGAAGAGUUUAUAUAUCAGUGACUUACAGAAGAAUCAGGAGGAAAGGAUACAGUAGAGACUGUUGGUUUGGAUGGAAUGAUCAUUCCUGGAGUCUGAACUGCUCUGAUGGUGGUUACUCUGUCUGGCACAAUAACAUAGGAACUCGUCUCUCCUCCUCCUCUGUCUCUAACAGAGUAGCAGUGUAUGUGGACUGUCCUGCUGGCAUUCUGUCCUUCUACAGAGUUUCCUCUGACUCACUGAUCCUCCUCCACACCUUCAACACCACAUUCACUGAACCUCUGAUUCCUGGAUUUGGGUUCUGGCCCAGUUCUGGUUCCUCAGUGUUUCUGUGCUGAGUUGAGUCUAAAGAGUCUAAAGAUUUUCCUCCUGUCAGAGAAACUCUCUCACUGUUGAACAGAUAGUUCAGUCUCUACAAUCUGUUUCUUGGUGAAACAAUUCUGAUUGAGUCCUUGGAAACUUUUUCUUCUUCCAGUCCUUUAAAUAUGGAAGCUGGAAUUAUUCCAGGAUUAUUCCAGGAAUAUUCCAGGAUCCUCAUGUUUUCCUGUCUGUUUCCAGUCAAAGCUUCACACUGAAUAUCAAGAUGUUGUUUCUCUUAUUUUUUCCUUUCAUUCAU